GGCACCAUGCCCACUGCUCUGCCUAGCAUCGUUAAGGGGCAGUGGUGCCCAGGCUGAGGAGGGAGAUGUGUAGAGACAGACGUUUUGGCUGGUUGGCGUGAUACCACGUGGAGCCUUGAUCUUGAGUCCCUUUGCUCCCUGAUCUUUGCAUCACAUUAUUGGGGACCUAAUUGCCCAUGGCCUCAGGGUGGAGGUCAGUGGGACUCAAAGUACAGAAACCAGUGAUACUGUAGGGAGGACAUGUGCCAGUGUGUGUGUGUGGGGAAGGGCAGAGAGAGAGUUUAAGAUUGCAGGACACGGUGGUCAACCAAUACUGGCAUGCAAGUCCAGCAUGCCAGCGUUUCUGUGUGUCUGCCGCCUGUGAGUGGGCGGGGGACAUAUUUGUGUGUGUGCCAUAGAACUAUGCAUGUAUAUGCAUGAAGCCUCCAUACAUACGUGUCUGAGGGCAGGGCCUGUCGAACUGGCCUUGGGGAAGGACUGGCAGCCGCAGGAAAGCAUGCAGGGAGAGGCGAUGGAGGGUGCGCAUCUAUCAGAAGGGAUCCCUCCCACCUUCACCAUUUCCCAUCACCGCCUCAAUCCCUCCGCCCCACUGGUGAAUUACAGGGCAUGGAUGGAGGAAAUCCGGGCCUGGGUCUGGGAGUCGCAGGGGCCUGCGCCGUUUCUGUGCCUGCGGCGAGAGGGCUACACGGUGCAGGUGAACGUGAACGACUACCUGGACAUUUACUGCCCGCACUACAACAGCUCGGGGCCGGGCGGCGGGGCGGAGCAGUACGUGCUGUACAUGGUGAGCCGCGCCGGCUACCGCGCCUGCAACGCCAGCCAGGGCUUCAAGCGCUGGGAGUGCAACCGGCCGCACGCGCCCCACAGCCCCAUCAAGUUCUCGGAGAAGUUCCAGCGCUACAGCGCCUUCUCGCUGGGCUACGAGUUCCACGCCGGUCACGAGUACUACUACAUCUCCACGCCCACCCACAACCUGCACUGGAAGUGUCUGCGGAUGAAGGUUUUCGUCUGCUGCGCCUCCACAUCGCACUCCGGGGAGAAGCCGGUCCCCACUCUCCCCCAGUUCACCAUGGGCCCCAAUGUGAAGAUCAACGUGCUGGAAGACUUUGAGGGAGAGAAUCCCCAGGUGCCCAAGCUGGAGAAGAGCAUCAGCGGGACCAGCCCCAAGCGGGAACACCUGCCCCUGGCGGUGGGCAUCGCCUUCUUCCUCAUGACGCUCUUGGCCUCCUAGUUCUGCCCCUCCCCUGACGGGGAAGAGAUAGGGCGGGGCGGGGCCAGAAUAGGGAGACUUUGCCCCUUCCAAGGAAAGCCUAGACUGGCGCCGAGACCCCUGCUGCGACGGCUGGAGGUGAAGUCUGCAGCAUACAUCUGUGCCCACCCCUUCUGCCCCCUCCACCCACGUAGGGCACUGUAAUGGGCCAGGCACAGGGACAGCCACAGGUCCCAGUGGCCUUGUGGCUCUGGUAAUGUUUGGUACCAAACCGGGGGGGCCACGAAGGGCAGUGCUCAGGACUCCCUGCCCCCUGGUACCUUUCUCUGACCCCUGGCGCCCUCCUCCCUGUCCCCCCAGAGAGACAAAUAUGCCCCAGAGAGGGCAAAUCAGAGCGUGGGAGACACCUCCAUCCCUCUCUUGCAGGGGCAGAACACGGGGAGGGGACUAGAUGGGUGAGGGGGUGGCAUCGCCCGCUGCCCCCUCCCCUGUUUACAGCAAUAAGCACGUCCUCCUCCCCCAACUCCCGCUCCCAGGAUUGUGGUUUGGAUUGAAUCCAAGUUUACAAGGAGACACCCCUGGGGGGGUGGGAGGUAGACAGGGGUGACAAGGGGUGGGCAUUGGGGUGCCAGGCAGGCAUGUACAGACUCUAUAUCUCUAUAUAUAAUGUACAGACGGACAGAGUCCCUCCCCCUCCUUAACCCCGACCUCCCCUGACGUCCCCGUCCAGCUUCAGACCCCUUCCCCACCAGGCUAGGCCCCCACCCCGGGGGACCCCCUGGCCCCUCUUUUGUCUUCUGUGAAGACAAGACUAUGCAACGCACAGACACUUUUGGAGACCGUGAGACAACAAUGCCCCUCCCCCCAGCCCCAGCCAGCCGGGACCGCCCCCAGGACCGUGCCCUGCCCACCCUGUGGUCCCACCCAUCCUCCUGGGCCUUUUUCAAGUGCUUUGGCUGUGACUUUCAUACUCUGCUCUUAGUCUAAAAAAAUAAA